AUGCCUAUAAGGAGGAGCUCUCGAGACGACACACCGCCUGCGACAGGUUGUGGCACUGUCCUGGGGAAACUCCGUGGGAGGCCUCUGGUGCACAGCAGCUCCCCUCUGGAAACGGUGCAUGGUACAGUUAGUGUCUUUGAAGACACUCCAGAGGAGGAGCAUCAACAGAAGACUAACAGAAGUGUUGAAAAUCACCUUUGGCCGACAGUCGAUGGGGUGGUGUCUCUGCCUUAUCUUAUUGCUCAUAAAUUAGGCAACAAGACGAAUGACAUAUGUGAAGCCUUCAAAAUGAUUUCCCAGAAAACGUGUAUCUCCUUUCAUGAACGCACCACAGAGAUGGACUACCUGAAUUUUGUUGAUGGCAAUGGCUGUGCCUCCUUCGUAGGGCGGCGUGGGGGCCCUCAGCCAGUAUUUAUUGGCCCCAACUGCCAUCCAGGCAACAUCUGUCAUGAGCUGCUGCAUGCGCUGGGGUUUUACCAUGAGCAUAUGCGCCAGGACCGGGACCGUUACAUCUCGGUUCUGUAUGAAAACAUCAUGAAAGGAAAGGAACAGGAAUUUUUGGCAACAAAUGCCUCCAUGCAAGACUUGCCAUAUGACCUCAAAUCCAUAAUGCAUUAUGGCAAGUAUUACUUCUCUGCUAAUGGGCAGCCAACAAUUGUGGCCAAAACUAAAGGUAUGAACAUUGGACAGAGGAGGUACUUGAGUGAGCUGGAUGUCCAGAGGAUCCGGAAACUGUACAGCUGCGAGAUGUAUGUGGACGAAUCCCAGAGAUCUGAAUGGGACCAAAUGUAACGUGAGCAAUUGGAGCCAGAGUGCCUCAUUGCCAUGAUGGACCUGAGCAAAAGACCUGUGAGCUUCAGCGUUGAGACCAAAGUGCUCCUUCAGUCACCUGCACAGCCAUAAGGAGAUGAGGACAUCUUCUAAAGGGGCACAGUCACAGCUGUAGCUCAGUUUUGUCUCCUAGGCCGACAGAUUUGUCGGCCUGCCACCGUGUAAGGUAUUGAAUGCACCUUGACACCACUUGCUGCUGGAAGCUAUACACACACUGAUUAAAUCUACACUGUUGCCAUAAAUCCUUUUCAGUGUAUUUAAGGCUCCGUGUGUUUAAAUAUGAUAUGGGAAAGCAGUGUCAAACUGCCUUCUCAUGGUUUCACAGUCUUACUCCUGUCAGUGGUUUUAUCUCUGGUGUAAAACAGUUUGC